UCAAAGACAUUUUUCUAACAAAGAAAAAUUGAAAGUGCAAAAAAAAAAAAUGUCAGAAAACAAGCAGAAAGAUGCCUCAGAAAUGAGUGAGUCAGAAUAUGCGAGGGUGGGAAUCGCGUUGUGGCUGAACAACAAACCACUUGAGGCAGAAGAUCACUUUAAGAAACGCAAGAAUAAAUUGCAAGUCGAAGCUGGAUAUACAUUUAUAUCGUUUUUGAAUGCGAUAAUCUCAUGGGAGACCAACAAAAUCGAAGACGCACAAAGACAAUUACGUGAACUAGAUAAGCACUGUGCCAGUGAAAAUGGCUGGCUAAAGACUGUCCGUGUGAAACUUUUUGGCAGUAAUUCACCGGCAAAAACGCUAGCGCAAACAUUAGAAGAGCAAAUUAUCAUGGCAGACUCGCAACUAUGCUCGUCCAUUCUGGUUGGCUUGACGCAGGAUAUCGGAGGAAUGAUGAAGGCUGGUUGGAGUUUAAGGAAAGCAUGGAAGCUGUACCAGACGAGUUACACGCAAAUCAGCGAGCUGUACCGACAGAAAUUUCAAUCGAAUUUACAUAACAAUACGAAUCACAAGCAUCAUCGACGGUGGAGCAGGGAGGAAGAGGAUAAGGCGGACCACGAUUCGUCGUCCAAAGACGAUAUACAGCCGUAUCCAUUACCGACGGACUCACCUUCACAUUGCUAUGACAUUCCAUCAUUCGUGAUUGACGACAAUGACGACAAGACUAAAAAUAAUGGGCACACUUCAGCUGAUAAUGCUGCUGCUGCAACGAGCACAAGUAGCGCGACAACUGAUGCAAAUGCCGUUACGACGACGACGACAACUACAACACCAAAAAUGCCAAAAAGCUUUACAACAACAUUUUCUGAUGCCAUUCAACAACAACAACAACAAUCAAACAGUAGUCCGUCCACGGAUAAUUAUCCAGCGAACAAUUCAACGAGUGACACAGAUAACGCUUCGGCCGUCAUCACGGCACGUUGUUUGAACAAGAAUGCGAGUCUCGAUGACGAGCUGGGUGGCAAGAGUUACAGACAAAGUGUCACAACGAGUUACAGCAUGAAUGAGUUUGAGCCACCUUACUCCUCGUCGUCGUAUCAUCAUCAACACCCGAACGCUUAUCAGUACCAUCAUUACCGCAGUCAGUGUCAGAAUAUCAGCAAAGAGGAUUUGCAACGACUUAUGUCCGCUGUUUCCUUUGGCUAUGGACUUUUUCAGUUGUCCGUAUCUCUAUUGCCGCCAAAUCUACUGAAGCUGAUAAGUUUUUUCGGUUUUGAGGGUGAUCGGCGAACAGGAAUUACUUGCUUGAAACAUUCGCGGCAAAGUGAUGACAUGCGAGCGCCAUUAGCAACGUUAUCACUCUUAUGGUACUACACAAUUAUCACACCUUUUUUCGCGCUGGAUGGCACAAAUUUGGACUCGGAAAUCGAGGAAGCCAAUUCGCUGUUGGAGGAAGCGUCACAAGAUGGUUUUGGCGAGGCCGCACUUUUUCUCUUCUUCAAAGGACGCGUGGAACGUCUCAAGUCAAACAUCCCGGCUGCCGUCGUGGCUUACGAGACGUCUCACAGAAAAUCUAUGCAACGUGAAAUAAAAUUAUUGUGUCUGCACGAAAUCGGUUGGUGUCGCUUAAUUCAACUGGAAUUUGGCAAAGCAAUGAACCACUUUGAGGAACUCAAACAUCACAGUCAAUUCUCGAAGAGCUUUUAUGCCUACAUGAUGGCAAUUUGUCAAGCGGCGCACGGCAAUAUGGAGAAUUUAGUGGCGGCUAGAGAGGAAAUUUAUGGAUUUAUCAGUAGUUCGUACAUGAAGGACUUUUGGGACGAGUUUGUAUUCGAACAAACACCCAACACCGCCGUCUAUUUACAGGAUUCGCAAAUCGAAAAGUACAUCUUGCGACGCGUCAGCAAAUUGCCGCUGGAGGAAAUUGAACGUGAAAAAUUCGAGCAAAUUUACUGGAAAUAUCUCGUGUACGAGAUGCUCAUCAUGUGGAAUGCCAUCAAUAGUUGCAGCGAGGACACGCUGAAAGUCAUCAUGGAGGACUGCAAGCGACCGACGCGCGAUUUGCUGAACGAGCCGAUGAAGGGCCUGGCAAAAUUAGUACUUGCCACAUGCCAUACUUGCCUCAAGGAGUACGACGAAGCGAUAAUUGCGUAUCGCGAAUGCAUCGAACAGCGCGGCGAGUUGCUGGAUGACUUGCAUGUAUCGGCGUUCGCGCAUUUUGAGCUUGCAACGUUGCUGUUGAAGCAUAAAAAUGACAAACAAGAAGCAAGACGACUGUUGACGCACGUUCAGAACAAUUAUCACAACUACGAUUUUGAAAAUCGCCUGGGAAUUCGCGUACAUUCCAUGCUGAAGUCCAUAACAUGAGACAAGGACGACGAGCAGGACGUCAAUUGUUGUAUCAGAAUCUUUCAAUGUGAUGUUAAUAUUUAAGACCACACACGAAAAUCACCCAAAGCAAACCUGAAAUCGAUGUUACCCUCGUUAAACUAAUGAAUCACCGUGAAAAAUUAAUUUGGGCUCAAAAAGUUUGAGUUUAUUUCAAUUUUGCUCAAAAUGUGUUUUGAAAUACUGAAAAAAGGUGAAACGAUGAAAUUCAGACCUUUUGAGCCCAUUAUACUUUAAAAUGUUCUCCAGUCGGUGUCCACAUAAAAUAUUUAUAUUAUAAAAAUGCAAAAAAAAAACUAGUCUAAAAUUUAGGCAAACAGAGCUUCUAACGAUAAACCAAAAGUCUUAAUGCUUAGCAAUACCUUACUAAAAAAAUUAUGAGGAAAAUUUAAUAAUUUACAGAAAAUUGAAAAUCAUCAAAGGUUUCCAUCUCAUAUUUAACUAUGAGAAUUCGACUGAAAA